AUGGAGAGUGUUAUCGAGAAUCUCAACGAGAUUAUUAACUCCAAGAGACUUCUCGAGCCGAGUAAGACUAUAGACACUGUUCUCAUUCGAUUUCAAGAAAAUCUUCCGGCUACUCUCUCAGAUAAACAAGUAGAUAUGUAUGAUAGAUACCUAAUAAAACUGUUAAAUGCAAAUGGAGGUGAUAUAUCAUCUAGAUGUGCGAUUAACAUUGGAAAUCAUCUUUCAGAGAUAUACGAAAGAAGAAAAUUACCAAAAUUUUUCAAUUUAUUGCAAAGACUCAAUGAAAAACCAACUCAAUCUGUUAUAUAUGCUAUAGGUAAGGUUAUUGAGCGUGUUGGUGCCCAUUCUAAGUCAGCUUUACCAGCAAUUAUCGACAAAUUACUCGGGAUGCGUCAAAGUCUCCAUGUAGCAGCAUGCUACGCUCUUAAAUGCAUCAUAGACGUCAGCCCUGAAUCUGUUACUAAGAAUGCCGACAAAAUAUUCAAAUUUGCCAGCUCAUAUAUCAAUGAAAUAGAUGAAGCGUCACAACUUCUUGCGAAUCAACUCAUUCGAGCUGUAGUCACAUACGAGGUCGUGAAUAUCCGCAAAAUACGUAAAGUUCUCCAGCAGGCGAUGUUUGUUGCUCGAUCUACUUUUGUUGUUGAAAUAGCAGCGUCAUCGGCCGGUGCAACAGCGCAAAGGAUUCUUGCUCCCAUUGACAAAAUCAACGAUAAAAAGCUACAGCAAAAGACGUGGAAAGAUACUUUUGAUUUUCUCUCAGAUUUCAAAGAGAACUUCGACAGUGUCUUCAAAUAUUUCUUAGAUUUACUCGAACCUGCAUUCGUUUACAACAACGCAAAGGCUCUUUUUGAGUUUGCUUUGUCAGUAAAUCCACAAUCAAUGGCAAAGGUCAAUGAAUUCUUCGGAAAAGACGUACGAUCGGAACUAUUCAGAACUCUCGUUACUCACGCCGCUCCAAACAUUACUUAUCUCAAAGCGGCUUCAUUUGAUGAAGAUUCGACCAGAGAAACCGCUGGUAUCGGCGUAUCGAUGCUUUUAUCCACAAAUAUUGAGGAAAGAAACUCCGCUUGCUCUUUCUUCGUUCUUUUGGCCAAGAAAUAUCCUGAAAUUGCCCUUGAGAACCUCCAGGCCGGCGCGCAGUUCCUUUCUGCACCUCCAUCGAAGGGAGACAACCUUGCUCUUCAAUACAACAACAUGGCUGAGCUUUGCGCAAUUAUUUUAUCUGUCAUUGAAGACAGAGAAGCCGCAGUUAAGAAAGUCGAGCCAUAUAUCAAGAGAUAUGUCGAGUUCCAGUCGAAGAGAGUCAAAAACGCCGCAAUCGCCGCUCCAUUAUUAAUAAUUUGCGGAUGCAUGCCCGAAUUUGAGUUUUCGAACGAUGGAAGUGCGUUUAUUGACCAUUUCAACAAUCUUCUGAAGAACGAUCUCCACAACGAACACAAAUCCAACGUUGUCGGAUCAAGAUAUUGCGAAACUGCACUUUUUUACUUAGUUACACACGAUCACCACCAAGCAGAAGCCAUAACACGUAGUUGCUUACCAUAUUUGAGUAGAAUGACACCAGCAGGUCGAUUGUUUUUACUCAAAUUAUGUUCGAAAUUCAAGAUUCAGUCAGCAUUUGACAUUUUCUACAAACUUGUCAAUGCCAACUGUAUUACCAGACCAUAUGCAUUACAUCUUAUGUCUCCAAUGUACACUCCGAAAGAUUAUUUCACUCCAAGAAAGGGAAUUGCUCCAAAUAUCGGUUCUCUUUUAUUUGUUCCCGACGAAAUCGUGUUCGGACAAGCCAUUAUUGAGACAUUACCCGAAGCAUUCAAGAAUUUGUCACUUGAAGACAGAAAGAUCAAAUUAGAACAACUAAUUGAUGAAAAAGUGAAACAUCCAAUGUACGCCAUCCUUCUCCAGCUUUACAAAACAUGUCCAAACGACAUGCCAGAGGAUUUCCACAACCACAUGUUGAAAGAACUCUUUGUAAAGCACAUAACCAUCGAAGAAAGUCAAAUUUUGUCAGAAUGUAUAGCUUUACAUGUCAAACAGUUUCUUGACAGUUUCAAAGAAGUCUCGCAGUAUUUAGACAGGCGUAAUUCAUAUAGUUUAUGUUUCUUAGUUGCUUCGAUUUCGAAACAUGUUACAUUAAGUGAUUCCGUGAUUACUUUAUUUUUGUAUUCUAUGCAAGUUGCUAUAAAAGAUCCAAAUUUAUACACAUACGCAUUACACGCUUUGUGUGAGAUCUACGAGACAUUAAGUCAGCAACUUGCAGCGAUGAUGGUAGGAGAUGCACAAUGCCAAGUCAUUUUGAAAUGCAUGUAUUCGAUGCCAACAGCAGAUCCGCAUUCAUUGAUGUUGAUUGAAAGAUGUGUUGAACGAUUAGUUCCUAUUUUAUUACCUUUCUUGUCUAGCGAAUCUACUUUUGAAUUAUUGUUUUUAGUUAUACAGUGUUUUAGGAAUACUCCUGUUCCUUUCGCUUCUGAGUUCUUCCAUUUGGUUCUCAGAGCGAGUUUGGCUUUUUCGCCAAGAUUGUUAUCGAAAUUCACCUUGAAAUUUCCUCCAAAGAAUUCAAGUGCAGAACUGAAAUUAAGUGUUUGUGGAGCGAUGUCUGAUGCUUCACACAUUUCUCCUUUAAGUGAUGAAAACUUUGAUUUGAUUCCAAGUGUUUUAAUCUUGUUGCAAAGAACGAAAGAUCAAAGAGCAUCACAAUUCGUUGUUUCUUUAGCGAGAUCAACAAGUGAAAGUAGAAUGUCUGAUUGGCUUUCUCUCUCAAAAACAGUGUUAUCAAGUAAUAAAAUGCCUGAAUUUGGUUCUGCGACUGUUCAACCGAACACAAAAGUUAAAGCAUGUGCAUUAGAUUUCACGAGAUCUUUGUUACCUGCUUUGGCUAAACAAAAAGAACUAAAAACAGAGUGUUUGGAUGAUAUGAUGACAUCAACAAUUCGUGCAGUUGAAACACAUAAAAUAGAACUCCACGAAAUUGCUUAUCAAACAUUAUCCGAUGUAAUAACUAAUUUCUCACAAAGAACAACAGAUAAUUGUCCUAUUUUAGAAUUGUAUGAAUCACAGUUUUCUAUUGCAUGCAAACAUGCAUUUCCUAGUUCAUUAGAUGUCGCUGCAAACUUCAUCACUACAUUCUUGCAGUUCCUCUUCUCAUCAGAAUCAAAUAAUUCCAGAUCAGAAAUUAUGCAUUCUGUUGUUUCUGGACUUGAAAAAGUUGGAAAGAAAUCAUUUGGAUAUUUGGACAUCGCAUCAAAAGUUGUUGAAAUUUGUUCUACAAGACCGAAUCUUGUAAAAGAAUUCGGUAAAUUCUUUGAAUUAAUUGGUGGAAACUUCAAAGAAUGGUUAAUAGAAUGCGUAAGAAUCAGAACAAACAAGAAUUGUCCAUGGGAACAAUUAUCAUCAUUCAGAGCACAAUUUUCACAUUUUUAUUCAAGAUUUUUGUUGAGUUGUGUUUGGUUGAGGUCUUAUUCACCUCAAUUAAUAGAUACAGAGACACUUGCUGCUUUUCUUUCAUUAGAAGCAACAACAGCAAGUGAAACAUGGCGUGUUUCAGCAGGUGUUUCUGCUUCAACAGCUUUACUUGAGAACUACAAACAAGAUAUUUCGAAAGAGAUGUUGAUCCAUUUAAUACAUGUUGUUUGUGAUGCUGUUUGUAGAAAUACUAUUUUAUUGAAACCAUUGACAUCUAGUUUUGUAAUUGCUGCAUGCAAAUGUAAUGGUGCUUAUGAUAAUGCAUUAGGUUUAUUGAAUGCUGUCAUAAGAGAGAAAUGCGGCGCAUUGGCUUUGUCAAGUGUUUUGAUGCUGAAAUCUCAUGAAGUAUUGAAAUACGCUGAACAAAUUUCUUCAUACAUUGUUCAGUCAUUGAAUGCGAAUGAGUUUAAGUGUAAUGAAGCAAUCUGCGCUGCCACGAUCUUGAUGGAUCUUUUAGAUGACGAAGACAUGUUUAAUGACGUAAUUGCGGAGUUCUUACUUGCACAAGACACUAAAUUCGGAUUGAUUGUUUGCAGAAGAGGAUUGACAAAAUUCCCAGGCUGUGCAGCAGCUUCUUCUGUUGCAAGACUUUGUAAAAGAGCUAUAUUGGAUGGAGGUAUUGAUUUAGCUGCUUUCUUGUUAGCAAGAAGUGAUCCUAUUGCUUUGGAUGUUUUAUCAAGAGGUGUUUUAUCAUCAGCAGUUGCUAAAUUGGAAAAAUUGGGUCCGAAUUCAGCAUCAAAUGUCAUUGAUUUCAUUACUUUUUGUAUCAAUAACAUUUUCUAUGAUAAUACAUUUGAUUGCACAGCAAUUGUUAAUGCGAUAUUUGAUACUGUCUGCAAAUGGGGUCCUUCUAAAACAUACGGAUUAAAAGUUACAGCAGCAUUCGCGAGAUUGGUAACAAUGAUAAAUGAUAAUAUAACUGUUGAUGAUAUUGAUGAAGAUAAAAUGAGAAUGGCUAUGUCGAUUUUGAAGAAACAUGACGCAUUGAAUUCCAAACCAAAGCCAGAACAAAUCUCUUUGAAAGUGUUCUCAACAAAUGUGAAGCGAAGAAAUGACAAUGAUGGUGAAUGGCAGGAUUUGGAUGAUUCUUCUGAUUUUGAAUAA